UAUAUUUUCCUCUUAUAAUCGCAGUAGCUUCUAUUGGUCUGAUUCUCUACCCAAAACACAAGCAGUAGUUGCAUAUAGCGUUGGAUCAGAUUUAGGAAUCAAGAUGGACAAGAGUAUGAUUGGAGAUUUGGAUUCGCUACCUGAAGCAGAUAAGCUUAAAAUGGCCGCCAUGAUUGACCAGCUCCAAAUCCGUGACAGCUUGAGAAUGUACAAUUCCCUGGUUGAAAGAUGUUUCACGGAUUGUGUAGACACUUUCAAACGCAAAACUUUGGACAAACAGGAGGAGACCUGUGUCAGGCGAUGUGCUGAGAAGUUCUUGAAGCAUUCUAUGCGUGUGGGUAUGAGAUUUGCAGAGCUUAACCAAGGCGCACCAACACCAGAUUAAAAUGCUUCUAGUUUAUGCCUGCAAUUCAACUCCUCAUUACCGUAGGCAUUGUCUAUUGUGGGUUACUUAAGUAAGGAAAAGGAGGUGGAAGUUCCAUGCAUAUCCUUCGUUUUUGGAUCAACAGCUUUCCUCGUCAGAUCAAUUAGUAUACUGUACUUUUACUUCUCAAUCCCAAAAUAUUUCGAGUGAAAAAUAUUAGAAACUUGAACAGUAGAACUGGACUAGAUUGCAGGUCAUUUGCUGUUACCAUAGCAUUCUUUUUUGGCAGCAUUCAGGAAAAUAAUGUGGUAUUCAAUUUAGUCAAGAAUGCAGUUAUGUUGCCUUUUUCGCUGUUUAUGCUAUUUAAUGAACUUGAAGUUGAUAGAGCUCAA